AAACACGUGAAAGAGUGAUUGAACGUGUGUUCAUCUGCUUGGAUGUUAGUGUCUGUGUUUAAUCGUGGUGGCUGUGUGAAGAAUCUGUUAGACAAAACAUAUUGUUAGAUGGUGAUUUAACUGAUAGCAGGGGAGUUUAAUUUUCAAGUACAUAAGGCAUUUAAUAAGGUAAUCAGAUUCUAGUAUGUGAUUACACGGUAGUGAUACGACUCUGGUAUGUGAUUACAUGUUAGUGAUACGACUCUUGGUAUGUGAUUACAUGUUAGUGAUACGACUCUGGUAUGUGAUUACACGGUUGUGAUCCGACUCUGGUAUGUGAUUAUAUGGUGUUGUUCCGACUAGGGUAUGUGAUUAUAUGUUUUAGUAUCAGUUCAUUUUUAAUAAUAAACUAUUUUUUUUUUAAAAGUACAAUAUCUCAAAGAAGCGGAACAAGUUACCAGCAUUCAUGAACACAGUGUGACUCAAACUUUGAAGGAUCAGCCAUGUCUGCUCUCAAAAGACAAUUCGUUUUGGAAGAUGAAAACAUUUCUCUGAAGAUAUACGAACACGGGGACCUAGAUGACCUUGAUGAAGACGAACAGUUCAUGGCCUGGACACAAGAUGACCGACUGAAAUGGGAGCAAAUGAUGGACAGCAGGUGAUUGAUGUAUGAACUGUGGUGGUAUUCUCGUUCACUAUUAGUGAAGAUUUAUUUGCGAUUAGAUAUCGAUCCCUUCUGUGGUUUACAGUCAUUGACCCAUUGUAUCUCCGUCGUCAUUCACCCUCUGUAGACCUACCGUCUUUUUGUCUACCGUCAGUUACCGGGUGUAUGUCUAUAGUUAUUAACGCUGUGUCUGCUACUGCUACUUACCCGGAGCGUGUCUGCCCAAUGGGCUCUAUCGGUGCACUUGAGGAUCGAUUUACAACAUAUCCUAAUAUUUUUUUAAAAAAUUUAACCAAUAUGAUUGGACAACAUAUCAACUACAAAUAAACGUAGAUGACUGGUCGACAUGUCAACUACAAUGUAAUCUAGAUUGAUGGAUGACAGAUCAAUUACAAUUUAACCUAGAUGACUAGACGACGGAUCAAAUACAAUUUAACCUAGGACUAGACCAGAGAUCUACUACAAUUUGCACUUCCUAGUAUAAAAAAUCAUAGUUUUAUUCGCUCAGUAAAAUAAUGACGUCAUAGAUUCAUUGAUUUGUUACCAUCUGGACAUUGAGUCCAUCAGAUUGUUUAUACCCAACUGAGAUUGUUAUACCCAACUGAGAUUGUUAUACCCAACUGAGAUUGUUAUACCCAACUGAGAUUGUUAUACCCAACUGAGAUUGUUAUACCCAACUGAGAUUGUUAUACCCAACUGAUAUUGUUGUACCCAACUGAUAUUGUUGUACCUAACUGAUAUUGCUAAACCUAACGAAUAUGUUUAUACCUGACUGAUGCGAGUUUGGCAAAAGUAUAUUAUACAUGCUUUCCGUGACAAUUGUUUUACAAAAAUUUAUAAGUUGUGACCUUGCUUGACUUAUUGAACAAAAACAUAAUCAAAUAAAAUAUGGGCAAAUCUUUAAAAAAAAGGGGGCGCCACAAAACAAUGAACAUAUCGGCAAGAAGCCUUCUUCAGCCAACAAACCACAGUGGAAACAAUAUAAAUAAAAAUAAACAGUUAACUUCAAUGUAGUUUUCUAGUCUACAACUAAUAAAUAUGUAUUUAUAAUUUUAUUUUCAUCUAAUCAUUAAAAAAAAAUAUAUAUAUUUUCAAAUUUUGUUGCAGGAGAGAAAAGUUGACAAAGUCGAGCAAUGAUUUUAUCGAAUGGACUGAAGGACUUGCUAGACGACGUCUGGUGUCUUACAACCGGAUGCGGUCGCUGAACGAAUCACUGAAGGAUAGACUUAGACUAAACUUAUUUGCCAGGGUUGAACCUGUCAGGUCAGUCAGACAUGACCGGUCCAGCGACAGGUCUUUGGAUAGAAAUGACAGGGGCCGGAGUGGCAAAGACAGAGCACGUGAGAGAGUGGACGAGGUGCAAGGUGUGGAGAACAGGUCUUUGGGUGGACUGGAGGAGGGUCAAGGUGUGGAGAACAGGUCUUUUGGUGGACUGGUGGAGGGUCAAGGUGUGGAGAACAGGUCUUUUGGUGGACUGGUGGAGGGUCAAGGUGUGGAGAACAGGUC